AUGAUGACAUCAUUGGAGCGCUUGCCACCAAUGACGAAAUGGUGGCUGCAGGUUGUACGAAUAGUCCUUCUCCUUCCUUGUUGCAACACCGCGGCCCACAUCUUGUCAUUGCAGUUUGACGGUUCCUUGCGCCCACCCUCGGAUCCUGGGUUCGCCACUGCUUCCUUGGGUCGGAUUGGUACCGCAGCCGCGGCUCUGUCGCUAAUAGAUCAUGAUGCCUCGGGCCAACAGAAACCAACGAACCCACUUUGGUUGGGGGGCAAGGCGUUGCCUCCGGGUGGCCUCGAGAAUUCGGCCGAGGCGGAGUACGAAGGCCUCUUGAUGGGAUUAGAAAAGGCUGUGGAGUUGGUGGGUGUGUCAACCGUAGUAGUGGACAAGAUAGUUGUGCAAGGGGACUGCAAGACUGUCAUUGAUCAACUCAAAGAAUCCAGUCGACCACGCAAGCUGGAGGCGCACUACAUUCGAGCACAAGAGCACCUAACCCAGCUCCUUGGUGAACAGCAAGGUCCUGUCGUGCUGGAGUAUCAGCACAUUCCACGAAAGCAAAACCAACUGUGCGAUGGAUUGUGUACGGUGAUUCGAUCGAGGAUUAUCGAACCAGCAGCAUGGCAACGGUCCAUGGCCGGCAUGGAUGACGAUCAAGCUGACCUGUCUCGAAGUUUGCAAGACUUGGAGCGGGAAGACUUCCAAGUGGUCGUUCAAGUGGGAGAACAACUGGAGCACGAGAGCAAAACCGUGUGGGCAUCCUCUGCAGCUGGCAAGGACGUUGCUGAAAAGCUGCAAACCUGGGGUGUGGCUUUGCAGAUGCAUCCUCUGCAGCUGGCAAGGACGUUGCUGAAAAGCUGCAAACCUGGGGUGUGGCUUUGCAGAUCCAAGGGUACCGAGGUCAGGCCACACGCAAGAGUCUCAAGUUGGCUGCUGCAAAGGAGCGGAAGAAUCGGUUUCUCCUGA